AUGCGUUCCUGUACGAAUCGGUACUCCCCGUCAUUUGACCCUUACACCUACUCUCGAGGGCGUUGGCUAGAUCGAGACGAGCAACGACAGAGGGCCAGAAGACUUGAUUUCAAUUUCGAUGCCCUGCUUGACGUGGCAGUGAAUUGCAGCAAAGGUGCUCGCGAGGUUGUGGCUUGUGAGAAGAAAGAAGGCGGAUACAACCGUGUGUUCCUCAUCGAAUUCGACAAUGGCGGAAAGGUUGUUGCGAAAGUGCCCAUGCGAUACGCUGGCCCUGCUGCUUUAACGACAAUGUCAGAAGUGGCGACUUUGAGAUAUGUCAAGGGCAAGACCCGAGUGCCUACUCCUCAAGUGCUCGCGUGGAGUUCGAGAUCUGAAAGCGGCACAGUGGGAACUGAGUACGUUAUCAUGGAGCACAUGCCUGGCGUCGUCCUACAUGAUAUUUGGAGCCAAAUGAGCGGAGUGCAGCAUAUUGAACUCAUCACAUCCGUGGGGAAGUUGAUCAAAGUGCUCUGCGCUCUCAAUUUUCAAGCACUUGGCUCACUGUACCUCAACACAACCGAUAAGCCAUCAGGUGCGCUUCCCAUCGAUGAAGAGUUCUGCAUAGGUCCACAUUGUGGCCGACGUGUUUGGGGUCACAACGAGGACCAGAUGACCCAAGCCGCGGUUCCCCUAGGUCUCCAAGGCCUAUGGCAAGACUUUCCGAACUACCUCGCAGAUCUCACCCAGAUUGGUGAAGUAACUAUAAGCCAACGCGGGUCACCCCAAACGCUGGUCGAAGAUCAUUCGCGACUUCUAGAAAUGAGCCGAAAGACCUUGAAGAUAGUCAAGGAUGUCACAGCUGAUGCCUCCGGUCCUAUAUUGUUUCACCCCGACCUACAUGCACGCAACAUAUUCGUCGAUCCGAACGAUCCAACACAGAUUGUAGGUGUGAUCGACUGGCAGUCCACGGCGAUUGAGCCUGCCUUUGUCCACGCCGUGGAAACGCCAGAUUUUGCAGAGGAGCCAUUACUGGACAAGACAAUAGACGCAGAUAUCUCUCACGAUCAGGCAAUGCACGACGAUGCAAGACGCUGCAGCACAACCUGGGCCGUCAUGGUUUUUCUUUGUCCUAAAUUGGGCAAAGCUACGGCUCUGAAUCACCGUCUUUGCUGCUAUCUCGCCGGCGUUAGUGCAGGAUACUCUGACGACAUCACUUCACUUUGCUCGCUACUAGCAGAUGUCAACAGUGAGUGGGAGGAGCUUAAGAUACCAGGGCCCUGUCCCUAUCAACCAAGCGGGGAAGACGUAAAGCUGUUGAGCUUGGAAAGAGAACAUUCACAGUCCACGCAAAGACUGCGAGCAUAUCUUUCAAGACUUCUGCGCUGUGAAAUGGAUGGCUGGGUUGAGAGCAGCAGAUGGGAUGAGGUCGUUCCCAUCUAUCGGGAGCAGUAUGCUGGGUUUGUGAGAACCUGCAUUACAAGUCGGGAAGAAGACGAGACUGAGGGAGAUGCAAAGAAGAAGGCGGACAAGCUGUGGCCUUUUGAUUUUAGAUAA